GGCGCUGGGAGGCGCCGGGGGGAGCUGCGUGAGCUGAUCCGCUGACCCCCCCUUUGCUAUCCCCCCCUUUCGUCCGAGCCGAGCCUCCCCCAACGCGCAGCGUUUCACCCCUGGCGCUCGUUUGCGAGAUUUCGUGAGCGUGCUGCUUCUGUAUGGCAUAUGUCUAUCUCUUGGGGCCGCGGGGCGCCGCGCUCCGUGCCGGCACGAAGGCAGGAGAUACUUCGAAAGAGCAUUGUUGUAAUUUCAGAUCAGUGCCAGGGCAGGCCCUCCUUCGACCUGCAGUGAACAACUCAACGCGCAUGAACUACUCCUGGCUGCCACGCCAUCUGCUCGCGAGCAUGUAUCACUCGCAGUACUGUGUGGCUGCGUUCUGGUGCAUCCUUGGCAUGUUUCUUUUGGGCCUUUGUCCCCUCAUGAACGUUUGCCAGCAGGAGAGCUGGCCGCGUGACCAACAUAGUUGUUGAGCCCCUCUGCAAGAGUCUGCCGUCGCGGCAGCUUGCAGCGUAGCCCCAGCAGUUGCGCUGUCUUUGGCGCGCUCCACGUCCUCCUCACCCGGCACGCCGCCGUGUGCACGCGGGAGCGGUGAUUCUCCAUCGGCGCUUCAGAGCGUUCACAGCUUUCUUUUCAGGCAGUACGUUGCGCUCGAGCAGUGGGGCAGCCUCUACAAAGGCCCCCCGCGCAGCGCACCUCCUGACGCGCGCGGCGCCCCCGCGCUUGCGCAGGGCCGCCGCGCCUUCGGCCGCUUCACCCUCGCAGCCCCCGAGGCCUCGGAGUGGACCCAGGCGGUGACCCCCUCUCCCGCGGCAUCCUCUGCGGCUACAGCGUUGCGCCUGGGGCCACCGCCCGGUGUGUAUUUUUUCCGCCUGCACUUCUGAGGAGGAACGUGUACCGCUACUGCUAGCCUUCCCUUGUCACCACGGCUGGAUUCGCCUUGACAUCCUGAUCAGAACCCAGGCCAUGAGGGUCCGUGGAG